AUGCCACCAAAAGCUAACCGAUCAAAGUCUCCCGACCCCCAGUACUUGUUCGUCAAUGAAGACGCUUCAACGGUGACCCGGACCACCAAGGAUGCUGAACUGGACAGAACAAAACAGAGCCAUGUACAACGUCAGAAUUUCGCUCGCAAGCGCCGUCUGCGGGAGGGAUCCGAUCCCGCGCCGCAAGCAAGCAGCCAAAGCUCGGUCCACCCCAGUCCUACAGUGGCUGCGCCGGCAAGUUUGUCAUCUCAAGAAGCAUUACCUGACAACGCAAACUACUUCGACAUCCUGCAGAACAUUGAUCUCGGGGAUCCGUUCUUUCCGUCAACAGGUCCUCCGUCUGUCUUCCAAAGUCCUCUGGAUCCUUCGCUCUCGGCUCUCCUCACCGACCCAUUCGCUGCCACGCCAAGAUCGCCUCCCACCACCCCAUACACAGAAAACUUCUACGGCCCCUCGCAGUCAUACCGUGCAGGUCAUUACUUCGACGUACCACAGUCAGGAUCUAAUAUAACUCAAUCCUUGAGAAACCCAGGCGAGGUCACGAGUCCCCCAGCGCCAUUGGCAAGAGUCUCGAGCGUCCCCACCAGUACUCACCGUGCACUAGAACAAUGGGCACCGCCUCUGAUAAAGCACUACAACACCGUUGUGCUUCCUGAAAAGUUCUGGAAAGAUACGCAAAAAGUCCCGCUAGCUGAAUUCCGGCACGCCGCCCUGAUACACGCCGACAUGCGGGCAUGUAUGGCAGAACCGGCUCACAUGUACGCACUGCUGGCCACUGCAGCCGCUCAAAUGGUCGCUCGGGAAGGCAGACUGCUGGUAUCGAAUGUGCCAGAAGACGAGACGCAAAGAGUGCCUACAUUCUUCAAGACAAAAGCCAUCCAAGCCCUUCGCGCCAAACUAGGUAGCGGACAGCUCGACCACCACACUGCCGUUGACACCCAUCGGCUCUAUGCCGCAUGCAUACACUCGAACAACGACGAAGCGGCCGAGCCUCAUUUCCAAGCCUUAAUAUCCAUGGUCGCAGCGCUCGGUGGUCUGAGCACCUUUGACGACUAUCAACUGGAAAACUUUUACAUCGUGGAUUGUAUUUCCGCGCUAAAACGCCUCGGGAUUCCUCGUCUUAUUAUGACCCUGGAUCCGGGUCCACCGCCGGAGGAAAUAUUGUCACCGGUCGUGUCGCAAAGCCCACGUCAGUUCCCGCCUGGCUCGAUGCUAGAGACAUUGUUGCAGACCUCCCCCCAAUGCAUUGUCCUUUCAGAGAGCAUUGUGGACUUAAUGGAAGUGGCCAGAGUGUCAGCCUACUUGAACAGCACCUCUCAUUACGAUGAACAACACUACCGAUGGUUCAGCUGGCGCAUUCUGAUCAUUUUGCACAAGCUACUCUCGUUGCCUCUGCACUGUGAGAUGGACGAGAAGACUGACAGCGCGAGGAUCGCGGCAGCUUUUUGGACCGCCCUUCUUCGCUCACCAGCGGUAGGUCGGCGCGCAGCCUCCAGGUCGGUCGCCACCUUACAUGCAAGGCUACAAAACACAGAUCUCGGAACAUUGUGGCAGCCUCGCACUGAUUGCCUGCUUUGGAUUUCCGUCUUUGGCGGUAUUUGUUGCGCCCAAGGCGAGGAACUUGACUGGUUUGUGCAGCUGGCAAGGACUGCGGCUAUCGAGAUCGGACUGGGAAAUGCGAGGGAGUUGGAAGACGUUUUGAUGGCAUUUCUCUACGAUCCGCAUUCUCAGAAGGAUCUUGUACUGGAGUUUGCCGCCAGGAUGUGGCCUAGCAGAUGA